CAAAGCUAGGCAGGUAUGAGUUGUUGUCGUUCUUAAAUGAUAUCCAAAUGUUUGUCUUUAUGUGUAUAUAUAUAUAUUUAUAUAAAUAGAAAGGGAUGAUCGAGUACGGGAAGGUUCAUUCUGCUAUAGUAGAACUGGAAUUGCAGGCUCUUUCUUCCUCAAUUUGUGAUCGGAGAGAGUGAAGAAAAUGGCGACCGGUCAGUUCAAGGCGGAGACUUUGUUCGAUUUGAUGAAGCAGCACUUCGAAACCGAAGAGGGUAAACAUCUUUGCAAGAAAGUUAAUCUCGUUUACCAGAUCAAUCUCGCACCCAAGAAAAUUGGGAUCGAUGAGGUCUGUUAUACUAUUGAUCUGAAGAAUGCGAAGGUCUUCAAAGGAACAUUGGAAGGAGAAGAAAAGCCUGAUGCCACAUUUUCCUUCAAGGAAGAUGAUUUUGUCAAAAUUGCACUUGGAAAGAUGAAUCCCCAGAUUGCUUUCAUGAGGGGAGUCUUGAAGAUUAAGGGCAGUCUUAGUGCAGCACAGAAAUUUACACCAGAUAUUUUCCCUAAGCUCCCAGUUUCAAAGCUGUGAAAACAGAGCUAUUGUGGGGAUAAGUUACAUCCUGCUUUCACUUUAUCUGUGUUGUUGAAUAAUAAGUCACUUCAAUUUGAAUAUUGAGGGUCUUGAACUAGGAAAGUAGCAAUAGGUCAAAAGUGUUUGUAUUGAUAUAACCAAGUAUCUAUAGCAUAUGGUGCCACUUGACAUAACUGUUAAUUCAAUUGCCUAGUACUUACCCAAUGUCUUGGAAUAUAAAGUUAUGCAGAAGAACUUUUUUCUUUGAUUGAUUUGGAUA